AUGGCGGAAGCGCCACGCAAUCUGCAGUUGCCUUCAGGUUAUGACGAGGAGUUUGCUGAUGAAGUAGACGAAGAUUUUCUUUGCUUAAUUUGUCAUUUGCCACUGAGGGAGCCUGUUCAAACAAGAUGCAGUCACAGAUUUUGUAAUGCCUGCCUUGAGAAACAUUUCAGAAGGUAGGCCUAAAUACCUGAAUUCUAUUGAAAGUUGAGUGUUAAAGUAACUUUCAUUCCAAACCUUUAGUUAACACCUUAAAGAAAAACUGAAGCACUGGGGCGCUUUCCAUUGAACACCUCGAUCUGAGUAAGAACAUCUCAGUUGACGGAAAGUCAGCAACCCUUAUUUACUAAUGCAAACAACAGACACCUUAGCAGCUUAAUCGAUUUAUUAGACGAAGGCCUUGUCUCUCAAAUUUAGAUUUCAAAUAGAUUAAAAUUUAAUCUGAUACAUCCCACCCAGCUGAUAAUCAUGAUAUCAAGUUAGUUAAGGUUGUUUUCUAUAAGCAAACUUUUGAAAUUACAAAAUGUGUCUCGUUUCCGUAAAUUGGAGAAGCCAUUGUUCGAAGUUAUUGAUUUGCUCUGGAAUGCGGACAUUCUGUCUUCCGUGAUCAAUGCCCAGGGAUAAAUAAGCGUUCCAAUUUCGCAAGCUGGCCAUGGAGUCCUAGCAAAGCAUAAAAACUUGUCAAUUUUUAAAAUGUCUUGAGUUCUGUGGGUUUUAGGCUCGGCAAAUAAAAUCAGCCACAAUUUAGUAGAAAGAAGUUUUAUGAUGGAAUUAAUUAGUAACUAUCUAUCAAUCCAUGUUCCUGUUAAUUUUAAUUAAAUAUAUAACAAUUAUUCACCGAAGUGGAGGUGGCUAGUAUUGAAGAUUUACCGAGGCCGCGAAGCGGCGAGGUAAAUAUCCAAUACUAGCCAUCGACACUGAGGUGAAUAAUUCUUUUAGUAUAUACUAAAGCAGUGAGAUCAUUGAGCACAAAAAUGAUGAUUUUUAACUCAUUUACUGUUGCCAACGAUUACAAUUUUGGCGCGCGAUGACCGAACGGCCGAGGUCGUCGCUUUUUCUUAGCGACAAAUAAAACUUUUGAAGGCGUUUGUUUAGCUCUUGCGGGAAAGUUUCUUCAAAAGGAGUUGUGAAUUCUUUUUGUAUUUAAAAUAAUUCUGUAAAAAAGAUUAUUAAAUUUAGUUUUAAGCUUAGUUAUGAACAAGUCAACUAAAUAAAGUAACGCAAGACUUAUAAGCUUAAUUUGCAUUUGUAAACAAAAAACUUUUUCACCGGAUUUAUCGAUAAAUUCAAGUAAAAAAGACAAAGCUUUACCUGUUAAAACUUCCAAACCUAACUUCGUCACCUUCUUCAUGUAUUUCGGAAAUAGCUUGCUUGAUUAGUUGUGAAAUUUCUUAGUUUGUUACGGCAGCAAACGGGAAGGCACUUUGCUCGCAACCUACGCGAGUUUGGCAACGCUCGCUCGCUCGGAGGAACUGGAGGUGAAUCAGUGAAUAGUGCAGGAUAUUCACUGACUGAGUAGCCAAUCAGAGCGCGCGAAAAACACUAUCCACUGUUUUAGUAUAUACUAAAGUCAAUUAAUCGUAAUUGUUUCUUAUACUGCAAAAUAACAGACAGGACGAGCAGCGCCACCCUUACUCUUGUCCUGCAGGUAGGGAACGCCUGGACCGAGACCGGGUAAAUCACUUCCGUUUGCUUUUUAUCUUCUUACGUCUGUUUGUAAUAUGUUUUUGGUCUUAUUUAUUCUUUUAACGCUUACAUGUAAACUAAAUUGCAUAGGCGGAGUCGAUCGGAACGAGCUGUUACAAAGUUACGAAACAAAGGUUCUAAAUUUUUCAAGCUUUUAAGGACAAGACUAGUUGCAUACUCGUUCUCACACUUUACCCAUAUGGCAAUGUUUUCUAUUUAGAACAAUAAGGAAAUUAGGAGUAUUUUAGAAAUUUCGGGCACGGCCAUCUUCGAGUCUCAAUAAUAAUAUUGAUAAUGAUGAUGAUGAUGAUGAUGAUGAUGACGAUGAUGAUGAUGAUUAUGAUAAUGAUAGCAGCCUGUUAAAUUGGCUCAGGUAUUUCCUGCGAAGAAUGAUCUUGCGCUGUUUGUUUAAUUCCGUUUUGCUUGUACUUUAGGAUGUUUUUCCUGAUAAUGCAACAGGAAGGAAAAUUUUGUCUUUGAUGAUCAAAUGCCCAAGUGACGGUUGUUCGUGGACUGAUGAACUGAGGAACAAAGAGGUAAAAACCCAAAAUAACAAUUAUAUUCAAGGUGCAAUGGAUUUCAGCAUUUAAUCAGGAUUUAACCAAGGAAAAAACAUCACUUUUUCUUUCUUUUUCAUGUAUAACAUUGCUUGUAACAGGCUCACCUGGAAACCUGCCCUUUCAAAUUUGUUACUUGUACCAACGAACAUUGCCCUCAGAUAAUGAAAAGAGAAGAACUGGACAAUCACACAAAAACGUGCGUGUGGAGUAUUAUGCCGUGUAUGUACUGUAAAGAGAAACAACCAAGGAAGUAUUUGCAGGUAUAUAAAAGUUAUUCAAAAUAACAGAUCUUUAAACAAUGUUGUGUUUCCGGGCGGAACUCAUCAAGUUUUAAACGGGGAGGCUCCUUGCCGAAGUCCAACCCCUUACCCUUUUCAUAUACCAUUUUUGGCAGAAAAGGAACCACUUUCGUAUACCUUCCAUUGGGAAAUGGUACCCCUUUCACAUACCUAGUAUACACAACUCUGCAUUCCUUUUAACUGCUGUAAAUACACUGUUUUUUUUUUUUUAAAUACCAAUAAAUCACAAAUGCAGAACGUUUUCUCUACUAUUUCACAGCCACAAAAUGUAUCUGUUAGCCCUUUUGGGCCUCUCUGCAGUCCGGUAUGACAGAUUUCCGUCCCCUUUCAUAUACUUCAACGAGUGAAAUCUCUACCCUUUCAUAUUCUUAAGGCCUAAAAAAUGGCACUCUUUUCGGGCGCGGCCUCCCUGUAUAGGUCAUUUCAGCAAGUACCCCCGGGUUUGUUCUUCAACCUUGCGCCGUAGAGAUGGAUUCUCCAUUUCGUUCCUCCUUGAUUUAGCCUUGUCACCUGUCGGUACAUAGGGUGUUCUUCACGCCCGCGACCACCACAGUUAAAUGUCUUUAGCAAUUAUUUUCUAUAUUUUCUGGUAUUUCACUAAAGUAGAAAAAUGAGCAAGUACUCGUAAAGAAGAUGAUGGUUACUCAGCUUCAAAAGCAGUACCGCCCACACAAAGUGGCUUUUGCAAAAUAUAUAUGAUGAUAGCAGGUAACCAUUUCACCUCUUUCAGACAAAAAAGAAAAAAAGAUACUGGUCUGGUCUCAAACUUUCAAGCAUUUUUUACUGUUUACACUAAAAUUUCCAUCGGCUUACUGCGGUGAACUGAAGACAGUCUUCGGUCUUAAGUGUGUAAGGAUUAAUUAUUUGUCUUUUUGCAGGAUCACCUUAAAACGUGCAUCAAGAUGCCCAUUCCUUGCCCUAAUGGCUGUGGGAAAGAGAGAUAUCCUAGAGAUAUGGUAAUUGUAUUUAAUCAAUUGAGUGAAUUUCUUGAUGAUAGGGUCAGUCAUCGCAGAGGACUCGGAGCUGUUAGUUGUCGUACCAGUGUUUUAAAGUUCUCUCUGUAUUUUGUACUGUUGAAUGUCUAAAUCUUUUCUGCGUGUGCAUACUUAAAAUGUACAGCUAUUUCAGGUAACGUUGUCGUAUAUCAAGGUCACACAACACCACAAGAUCAUGUGGGUAGCUGUAAAACUAAUUACAACUAAUUUUGUCAUAACUUCACGGCUGCUACUGCCAGAAUAGUACAUAACCUUACAAACGUCUACCUUUGUCGUUUUAUAGUAGAAGAAUCGUGUUUCAUGGCUGAGCUUGGGAAUUUUUUUAAUGAAACAUGAUUUGCCAUAUUGCUUCGAGGCCUCGUCGCUGAGGCUUUCUGACGACGUUAUUUGAUAUUUAACAAUUAAUGAAUGAGGCUGAGUAUCUUAUGAAGAAUUAUGGAGAUCGAGGAGGCUGUUAUUCAGCAAGGUCGUCCCCCUUGAAACACAUGAUUAAUCAAAGUGGGUGGAAAAAAAAUUUAAUAAAAAUUAAAUGCGAAAUGCUGGCUUGACCGUUCUUUGUGUCAUCAAGCAACGCUCCUAGUGUCAUUCGCCACUUAAGAAGCGCGAAGGAAACUGGGACGAGUUAACAUUCACAAAGACUAACGGUAUCGCUACUGGGGACACGCCAGUCAGCUAUUGGCCAAUUUUACUGCUGUCCAGUAAAAUGUUUCGCCAAGACUUCUGGGACUAUCACUAGGGACAGGACUAGUCCCAGUUUUCUACUCGUUUCUAAAGUGACGAAUUUGACCUCCCCAUCUGGAGAAGCGUUACGUGACCUCAAAGAGAGGUCGAGGACCACACAGAGGGGGAGACAAGUUUAACCGGUAUUAGAAGCCUUAACUUUCUUUUGAAACACCUUUCUUCAGACCUGAUCUUCUCUUGAGCUAGUAAAAGAAAAAAAACUUUGUAAAAUUAAAAGUUAUGCGAAGCUCAGGGUUUUGUUAUGCGUCAGUUCUGAUCACUUAUUUAUCAUUUUAUUUUAGAUUCCAAAUCACAUUAAUGACGAAUGUCCGUUUACUUUAGUCUUCUGCCCAUAUGCUCAAAUGGGGUGCAAUCAACAGGUUUGUUCUUUAUAUUCUAUGAGAUUGUAAAUUGAGCGGACUGAAAUCCUUACGCAUUGUACAUGAGCAACGGUCUACCAAAAACUUUAAUUCCUACAUCAUUUGUCUGUGUCAUCAGGCGACGCCUUUCAGUUUUAUCACCGGUGACUCUAUUUGUCUCCUGACACUCAGACAAUUACUAGGCAAACAGACCUAUAUUUUGCAAAGUGUAUGAACACAAAUAACAGUUUUGGUUUAUAAUACCAUUUUCUAAGAUUAUUUGACUUCUUUCUACAGUUACAACGCGGAAACGUGGAUUCGCAUCUCGAGUCAGGCACGCGAAAGCAUCUUGACUUGGCACGUGUUAAACUUAACAGCUCACAGGUUCAGCUGGUUGAACAACGAGUUCAGUUAGAUGAGGCACGAGUUCAGUUAGAUGAGACACGAGUUCAGUUAGAUGAGACACGGGUUCAGUUAGAUGAGACACGAGUCCAGUUAGAUGAGACACAAGCUCAAUUAAGUUCAACCCAGGCUCAGUUAAAAAAUACACAAGAAACAACAAGAAAACUUGAGGGGAAAGUAGAGGCUCUUCAGACGCAGCUAGAAACAAAAGUGCAGAUAAAGGGGCCGACAACAAACGGUUUAUUUGGAAGAUUGAAAAUUUCAGUGAAAUUUUGAAGCAAGCCAAGGCAGGAUUUAAGGAAGAGGUAGUAAGUGAUCCAUUUUACACUGGAUGUUAUGGCUACAAAUUACAAGUGAUAGUGCGUCCUUUCACUAAGGGGCUGACCCAAUUAGACGACUCUCUCUACUUUGGUAUCGCUUCAGUGGAAGGUGAAUACGAUGACAUAUUACCCUGGCCUUUUAAAAAGAAAAUAACGUUCACAGUGAUUGAUCAAAACGAAGAUCUCAAAGAAAGGAAAAACAUUACAGCAAAUUUAAGGCCAAGUUCUAAAGCACCUAUAUUCUGUGAAUGACCAACAGGA